AUGAAGCUGAAGAAGAAGAAGAAAGGUGAAAAAGGGUUAACCAUUGCAAACAAAGACGCACUGGGUGAUCAUGAUGCAAGUGAAAAUCUUCACCAUGAAACUCCCGGAAGACAAGAAGAAGGAGAGGAAGACCUGACGAUCAACGACGCAUCAUCCAGCGUUUUUCCUCCUUUAAGCCCAAAAAGGAAAAGGGCAAAGUUGGUGCCCAGAAUUCAUGGAGAGGAGAUGAAAACCCAGAACUACCAGAUUGCCAUCACCAUCACUGAGGCCAGGCAGCUCAUAGGUGAGAACAUCGACCCUGUGGUGAUCAUAGAAAUUGGUGAUGAGAAAAAGCAAACAACAGUAAAGGAAGGCACAAAUGCCCCUUUUUACAAUGAGUAUUUCGUGUUUGACUUCGUUGGGCCGCAAGUCUUCCUCUUCGACAAAAUUAUCAACAUCUCGGUUAUGCAUAACAAACUGAUCGGAAGUGUGUUGAUAGGCUCCUUUAAAGUAGAUCUGGGGACAGUAUACAGCCAGCCAGGCCAUCAGUUUUGUGACAAGUGGGCUGUUCUCACGGACCCUGCUGACAUUAGGACAGGAACCAAGGGAUACCUGAAGUGUGACAUUUGUGUGAUUGGGAAAGGAGACACAAUACAAGCCACUCAGAAAACAACUGAUACUGAGGAACAGAUUGAAAAGAACCUCUUGAUCCCCAAAGGAUUUCCAUCUGAAAGACCAUGGGCCAGAUUUUAUGUGCGAAUUUACAAAGCAGAAGGGCUUCCGAAGAUGAAUUCUAGCAUCAUGGCCAAUGUCACCAAAGCAUUCAUAGGCGACAGUAAGGACCUUGUGGACCCCUAUGUGGUGGUCAUGUUUGCAGGUCAAAUGGGUCGGACAACAGUGCAGAAAAACUGUGCGGAUCCUGUAUGGCAUGAACAGAUUGUCUUCAAGGAAAUGUUCCCUCCACUAUGCCGAAGAGUCAAAAUCCAGGUCUGGGAUGAAGGCAGCAUGAAUGAUGUGGCCUUAGCCACCCACUUCAUUGACCUGAAGAAAAUAUCAAAUGAGCAAGAUGGUGACAAAGGUUUCUUGCCUACUUUUGGGCCUGCCUGGAUCAAUCUCUAUGGUUCACCCAGGAAUCACAGCCUCAUGGAUGACCACCAGGAGCUUAAUGAAGGCUUUGGAGAAGGGGUCUCCUUCAGAGGACGUCUCCUUAUUGAGAUUGCUGUGGAGAUACUUUCAGGAGGAGCCCGGGAGUCAAAGUUUUCAAAGAUGAUCAAAGAUAUCAAAUUGCCAUCUAAAGAUAAAGACUCCAAAGCAGCCAAAGGAAAAGACAAAACUGACAAAGCAGGAGAGGAUGGAAAGUCAGCUUCUCCUUCAGAUAAGACAAACUCAACUGAAGUGGAAGUCGAGCCUUUUGAUGUGCCUUCAGAGAUCUAUGAAGAAAAACUUGAAGAAUUUCUCCUCUAUGGGACAUUUUUUGAAGCCACAAUGAUUGAUAGGAAGGUUGGGGACAAACCAAUAAUCUUUGAGGUUUCUGUCGGCAACUUUGGAAAUAUUACUGAGGGAGCAGGAGCUGGAGGAAAAAAGAAGGCACGUGAUGACAGAGAAGGGGAAGAAAAUGCCCCUCUGCUCCAUGACGGGGAGGAUGAAAUUUCCUGUGACCUUGGAGUGCCCCUGAUAUCCACCACACACCCUGAGAAGCCACUGGUCACAGAUGGCAACAGGAACUAUCAGUACCUCCCAUAUGAUGAGAGGAAGCCCUGUAUCUGUGUCAAGAGCUGCUGGGGAGACCAGACCUUUCGUUUGUAUGCUUCCAACACUCUGGAGAAAAUGGCAGAUCACUUGGAAGAGUCAUUAGAACAAAUAAAAGACUUGAUCAAAGUUUCAGAGAUUGCGCCUGAAGAGAAAAUGAGGAAGACCAUAAGUGAUUUUAUUAAUCAAAGCAGGGCCUUCAUUAGCAAUGCUGAAAGGAAGCCCAAGGGGUUGAACUACACUGCUUUGGAUAAAAAGAGACUCAUGCUGUUCAAGCAAGAGCUGGAAGCAAUGUCCAGUGAUGCUGAGGAGAUUGUUCAGCAGCAGAAAAAGAAGGUGUCACUGGAGGAAAUGAUGCGUGAGACUCAGAUAUUUAUAGAUAAAAUUCGAUUCUUAGUUGAUGAGCCGCAGAACACGGUGCCCGACGUGUUCAUCUGGAUGCUCAGCAACAACAAAAGAGUCGCAUAUGCGAGAGUCCCAGCGAAAAGCAUCCUCUACUCCCCUGUGAGAGAGCAAAGGGGCAAGGACUGCAGCAAGAUUAAAACCCAUUUCCUGAAAUUGCCAGGCAAACGUCCACCAGGCUGGAAUGUGCAAGCAAAAGUAGACACCUACCUGUGGCUUGGACCUGCUAGAUAUGCCCAGAGCAUCAUGGAGAACUUGCCUGUGGGAUAUCAGCCAGAAACACCAUCCAACACCAGCCCAGGGCACAGCACGGUACAUCCCCCUGCCUGCCUACUGUAUAAAACCCCGCACCUCUUCCAGCUGAGAGCCCACAUGUACCAGGCGCGGGGGCUCAUUGCAGCUGACAGCACUGGACUCUCCGACCCCUUUGCAAAAGUUACUUUCACGUCACACUGCCAGACCACGAAGAUCAUUCCUCAGACGUUAUCCCCUACCUGGAACCAGAUGCUGCUCUUCAACAACGUUGUGCUUUAUGGUGACAGAGAGGAAAUCACUCAGUUCCCCCCUGAGAUUGUCAUAGAGCUAUACGAUGACGACGCAGUGGGUAAAGCAGAGUAUAUUGGAUCUACAGUGGCUGCCCCUGUGGUGAAACUGGCUGAUCAAAAGUAUGAACCACCUAAACUUUCUUACCACCCGGUGUAUUGUGGAAGCCUUUCUGGGGGAGACCUACUUGCUACGUUUGAGCUUCUGGAG